AAAAAAGAGCACCGGCACUCACUGCCGUCGAGGCCCAACCGUGGACUCACCAGUCACCAACGCCGGCACCCGGCAUCCCACUCCCACAGUCCCACUCCCACCAAACCCUCUCUGGCUCUACAGUCCUCCACUACGGCCCUACGCCCCUACUACCUACCACAUCGCCGUCAACUUUAACGCCAACUCCCCAUUACCGCCGGUUCUCUAUAUAUGCGCACGUACAUGUCCGUUGGGCUCUCCAGGAAGGCAGGAACAACCGCCCACUUUUUCAUCGGUUCCGGGGGAAGACCAAAGAUCACACACACACACAAAAACCAGUGAGCCCGCCCUCCAUCUCCGCCCCCGUCGCCAUGGACCUUCUCUUCGUGGAGAAGCUCCUGGUCGGCCUCUUCGCGUCCGUCGUGGUCGCCAUCGCGGUGUCCAAGAUGCGUGGCCGCAAGCUCCGGCUGCCUCCCGGCCCCGUCCCCGUGCCCAUCUUCGGCAACUGGCUGCAGGUCGGCGACGACCUCAACCACCGCAACCUGGCCGCGCUGGCCCGAAAAUUCGGCGACAUCUUCCUCCUCCGGAUGGGGCAGCGCAACCUGGUGGUGGUGUCCUCGCCGCCGCUGGCGCGGGAGGUGCUCCACACGCAGGGCGUGGAGUUCGGCUCCCGCACCCGCAACGUGGUGUUCGACAUCUUCACGGGGGAAGGGCAGGACAUGGUGUUCACCGUGUACGGCGACCACUGGCGCAAGAUGCGGCGCAUCAUGACCGUGCCUUUCUUCACCAACAAGGUGGUGCAGCAGUACCGGCACGGCUGGGAGGCCGAGGCGGCCGCCGUCGUCGACGACGUGCGCGCCGACCCGGCGGCGGCCACCGAGGGCGUCGUGCUCCGCCGCCGCCUGCAGCUCAUGAUGUACAACAACAUGUACCGCAUCAUGUUCGACCGGCGCUUCGAGAGCAUGGACGACCCGCUCUUCCUCCGCCUCAGGGCGCUCAACGGCGAGCGCAGCCGCCUCGCGCAGAGCUUCGAGUACAACUACGGCGACUUCAUCCCCAUCCUCCGCCCCUUCCUCCGCGGCUACCUCAGGAUCUGCAAGGAGGUCAAGGAGACACGCCUCAAGCUCUUCAAGGACUUCUUCCUCGAGGAGAGGAAGAAGCUGGCGAGCACCAAGGCCGUCGACAGCAACGGGCUCAAGUGCGCCAUUGAUCACAUCCUGGAGGCACAGCAGAAGGGUGAGAUAAACGAGGACAAUGUGCUCUACAUCGUCGAGAACAUUAACGUUGCAGCGAUCGAGACAACACUGUGGUCGAUCGAGUGGGCGAUCGCGGAGCUGGUGAACCACCCGGAGAUCCAGCAGAAGCUGCGGCAGGAGCUGGACACGGUGCUGGCGCCAGGCCAGCAGAUCACGGAGCCGGACACGCACAACCUCCCCUACCUGCAGGCGGUGAUCAAGGAGACGCUGCGGCUGCGGAUGGCCAUCCCGCUGCUGGUGCCGCACAUGAACCUCCACGACGCCAAGCUCGGCGGCUACGACAUCCCCGCCGAGAGCAAGAUCCUCGUCAACGCCUGGUACCUCGCCAACAACCCCGAGAGCUGGAAGCGGCCCGAGGAGUUCCGGCCCGAGCGCUUCCUGGAGGAGGAGAAGCACGUGGAGGCCAACGGCAACGACUUCAGGUACCUGCCCUUCGGCGUCGGCCGCAGGAGCUGCCCCGGCAUCAUCCUCGCGCUGCCCAUCCUCGGCAUCACCAUCGGCCGCCUCGUCCAGAACUUCGAGCUGCUACCGCCGCCCGGGCAGGACAAGCUCGACACCACCGAGAAGGGAGGCCAGUUCAGUCUCCACAUCUUGAAGCAUUCCAACAUCGUGUGCAAGCCAAGAACGUUCUAAUUAGAGCAGCACACACGAUCCAUUGCAUUUUCAUGUACUAUAUACUCCUUUUUAUUAUGUUCUUCGGGCUUAAUUAAGUAUUGUUACCUAUCCUAUGUAGCCAGUAGGAGUACUAGAAAAAAAAACUCUGGAUAAGGAUAAUAAUGUUAUUUGCAACAGAGGGGAUGGAAGGGGAAAUCUGAUAAUUAUUCAGUGAAACGUUCAGUUCGUGAAAACGGGCUCGCAAAGUUAA